GUUAGCUAGCGUGUUUGGGCACGUCGUUAGCUGGCUAGCCAGUUUCGCGUGGCAACAAAGCGAAAGCUGGACAAGAAGUCGGGAGUUAAUGGGUUUUAAAGCUGAGGCCACUACUGAUUAGAGUAGUACAUUGUGUAUUUCAUAUAUCGUAUUGUGACGUUAAAUCCUUCUCGCUAACAUUGAUUCAGUGUGACAUUCCUAGUAGGUAGCUAGCCAGCUAACCCAGGGGGUUGGUUAGCUGCAUUAGCAUAGCUGGAUGAAGGCUUUUCGUAUAUCGCUGAAAUGAUGUAAUAUUAAUAUUCUCCGGUGUCAUAAAAACGUUUUGGCUCGUUUGCUUCUUGGUGGCCGUAUUGGCAUUAAGAGCCCGUGUGUGCAGCCGCGGCGUUACGCACUUCUAAUCGGUGUGUCCAUCAGCUUGACCCGUUAGCUCGGCUGGCUACGCUCACCUCGUUUUGUGGGCUUUUGGAAAUGCAUUGAGGAGAAAGUAGGGAGAGUAUUUACAAAAAGCACCAAAGGGUACUUGUUCUGUCGCUCUGCGUCGGAUGUAGUCCUACAGUACUACGGGCAGUAUGUAGAUGGUGCCACAUAUGGCCUGUACGAAAGGCUUCGAGAAGUCACCAGCACCAAAUGGUAAUGUUUUAACUCGAAGGCCAUUUUAAGAAAACUCUUUCCGUGUAUUUUUGAUUCCAAACUUGAUGUUGGAUUGAGGGAUUUAACAUCAGUCAAGAAAAGCGGAACCAAAAACUAUUAAUAUACCUGAUUUUUACACACUGGGUGAAAAGCAGAAUUAGCCUAUCUCUGAGGUGACUAAAGGGGAAUAAUGGUGAUUUUGCGCCGGGCUCGGCCACCUGCUUCCGCCCCGACCAGCAAUGAAUCUUGACUCGCUUUCGCUGGCUUUGUCUCAAAUCAGCUAUCUAGUGGACAAUUUAACUAAGAAAAACUAUAGAGCCAGCCAACAGGAAAUACAGCAUAUCGUGAAUCGACACGGCCCCGAAGCAGACAGGCAUUUGUUACGCUGUCUCUUCUCCCAUGUGGAUUUCAGUGGCGAUGGUAAAAGCAGUGGUAAAGAUUUUCAUCAGACACAGUUUCUGAUCCAGGAGUGUGCGUCGCUGAUUACUAAGCCAAACUUCAUCUCAACCCUUUGUUACGCCAUUGACAAUCCGUUACAUUAUCAGAAGAGUUUGAAGCCAUCUCCCCAUUUGUUUACUCAACUGAGUAAAGUCCUUAAAUUAAGCAAAGUUCAAGAGGUGAUUUUUGGCCUUGCCUUGUUGAACUCGUCCAGCUCAGACCUAAGAGGAUUUGCAUCCCAGUUUGUGAAACAGAAGCUUCCCGAUCUUCUGCGCUCAUACGUGGACGCAGACCUCGGGGGUAACCAAGAAGGUGGAUUCCAAGAUAUUGCUAUAGAAGUCCUUCACCUGCUCCUCUCCCAUCUCCUUUUUGGACAGAAGGGAGCCUGUGGGGUUGGACAGGAACAGAUUGACGCUUUCCUCAAAACUCUGUGCCGAGAUUUCCCGCAGGAACGUUGUCCUGUGGUGCUUGCACCACUUUUGUACCCUGAAAAACGGGACAUUCUGAUGGACAGGAUUCUCCCAGACUCUGGAGGGAUAGCAAAGACCAUGAUGGAAAGUUCGCUUGCAGACUUCAUGCAAGAAGUUGGCUAUGGGUUCUGUGCAAGUAUUGAUGAGUGCCGCAACAUAAUCCUGCAGUAUGGGGCGCGGGAGGUUACUGCCAGCCAGGUGGCUCGUGUCCUGGGUAUGAUGGCUCGUACCCACUCUGGCUUGUCAGAUGGGAUUCCCUUGCAGUCCAUUUCUGCACCCGGGAGCGGAAUAUGGAGCGAUGGGAAGGACAAGAGCGAUGGAUCGCAGGCGCACACCUGGAAUGUGGAAGUCUUGAUUGACGUUGUCAAGGAACUAAACCCCAAUCUGAAUUUCAAAGAAGUGACCUAUGAGCUAGACCACCUGGGGUUUAUCAUCCGUGACAGCAAGGGGCUCCAAAUAGUAGUGUAUGGCAUCCUGAGAGGUCUAGGUAUGGAGGUCUUUCCUGUGGAUCUCAUCUACAGGCCCUGGAAGCAUGCUGAAGGGCAGCUAUCUUUCAUCCAGCAUUCUCUCCUGAGCCCAGAGGUCUUCUGUUUUGCUGACUAUCCAUGUCACACAGUUGCUAUUGACAUCCUGAAGGCCCCCCCUGAAGAUGAUAAUCGGGAGAUAGCAACGUGGAAGAGCCUAGACCUGGUCGAGUGCCUGUUACGACUGUCAGAAGUUGGGCAGUACGAGCAGGUGAAGCAGCUCUUCAGCUUUCCCAUCAAGCACUGCCCUGACAUGCUAGUAUUGGCGCUGCUGCAGAUCUCCACCUCCUGGCACACCCUGCGCCAUGAGCUCAUCUCCACCCUGAUGCCAAUCUUUCUGGGCAACCACCCCAAUUCAGCCAUCAUUUUGCACUACGCAUGGCACGGACAGGGACAGUCCCCCUCCAUCCGUCAACUGAUCAUGCACUCGAUGGCUGAAUGGUACAUGAGAGGGGAACAGUAUGACCAGGCUAAGCUCUCCCGCAUCCUGGAUGUGGCUCAGGAUUUAAAGUCUCUCUCGAUGCUGCUAAACGGUACUCCAUUUGCCUUUGUAAUUGACCUUGCUGCACUCGCAUCUCGCCGUGAAUACCUCAAACUUGACAAAUGGCUGACUGACAAAAUCAGAGAACACGGGGAACCCUUCAUCCAGGCCUGUGUAACAUUCUUGAAAAGGCGCUGUCCGUCUAUCAUGGGCAGCUUGGCUCCAGAAAAGGAACAGCCCAAGAGUGCCCAGCUCCCCCCUGAAACGCUCGCUACCACGCUGGCGUGUCUGCAGUCCUGUGCAGGGAGUGUGUCUCAGGAGUUAUCUGAGACUAUCUUAACCAUGGUGGCCAAUUGUAGCAGUGUGAUGAACAAGGCUAGACAGCCGCCACCAGGGGUUUUGCCAAAGGGACGCGCUCCAAGCACCAGUAGCCUGGAUGCUAUUUCCCCAGUGCAGAUGGACACUCUGUCUGCCAUGAGUUCUCUGAGCCUUGGCAGUUCAACUGUUUCCCACACGCAGAGCAUGCAGGGCUUCCCCACACCCCUGAGCUCUGCCUUUAGCAACCCUCAGUCGCCAGCAAAGGCCUUUCCUGCCCUGUCGAACCCAAACCCCACUACCCCAUUUGGAGGGAUCGGUAGCCUUUCUUCCCAGCUUCCAGGUCCUUUGGGGACUGGCAGCCUUACUAGUAUUGGGUCUGGAAUCGGUAUGCCUGCUGUGAACAGUGAUCCAUUUGUGACCAGAAAGAUGAGCACGCCAGGACUAAACCCUCCCACUUUUCAGCAGACUGACCUUUCUCAGGUGUGGCCUGAGGCAAACCAGCACUUUAGUAAGGAAAUUGAUGAUGAGGCUAACAGCUACUUUCAGAGAAUUUACAACCAUCCUCCACAUCCAACAAUGUCUGUUGACGAGGUGCUAGAAAUGUUGCAGAGGUUCAAGGAUUCAAGCAUCAAACGUGAGCGUGAGGUGUUCAACUGUAUGCUGAGGAACUUGUUUGAGGAGUACCGCUUCUUCCCUCAAUAUCCGGACAAGGAACUGCACAUCACUGCCUGUCUCUUUGGUGGCAUCAUCGAGAAGGGUCUGGUCACGUACAUGGCCCUCGGGCUGGCCUUGCGCUAUGUCCUAGAAGCCUUAAGAAAACCCUUUGGAUCAAAAAUGUACUACUUUGGGAUUGCCGCAUUGGAUAGGUUUAAGAACAGGCUAAAGGACUAUCCCCAGUAUUGUCAGCACUUGGCUUCCAUCACUCACUUUGCUCAGUUUCCUCAUCAUUUACAGGAGUGUGUGCAGUAUAUUGAGUAUGGACAACAGUCACGAGACCCUCCUGUGAAGAUGCAGGGCUCUAUCACGACUCCAGGCAGCCUCGCACUUGCCCAGGCCCAGGCCCAGUCGCAGGUUCCCCCUAAAGCUCCUAUGCCAGGACAGGUCAACACCAUGGUAACCACAUCCACCACAACCACUGUUGCUAAAACCACUACCAUCACCCGACCCACCGCUGUUAACUUCAAGAAGGAUGUGCCGCCUUCUAUAAACACAACCAAUAUUGAUACACUGCUGGUGGCAACAGAUCAAACAGAGAGAAUUGUUGAACCUCCAGAGAAUGUCCAAGAAAAGAUUGCUUUCAUAUUUAACAACUUGUCACAAUCCAACAUGACGCAGAAGGUUGAAGAAUUGAAGGAGACGGUGAAGGACGAGUUCAUGCCUUGGGUUUCUCAAUACCUUGUCAUGAAGAGGGUCAGCAUCGAGCCAAACUUCCACAGCCUCUACUCAAACUUCUUGGAUACUUUGAAGAAUCCAGAAUUUGCCAAAAUGGUCCUUAAUGAGACCUACAGGAACAUCAAGGUUCUGUUGACAUCUGAUAAGGCAGCAGCUAAUUUCUCUGACCGUUCUCUGCUGAAAAAUUUGGGGCAUUGGCUUGGAAUGAUCACUUUGGCCAAAAACAAACCCAUCUUGUAUACAGACCUGGAGCUGAAGUCUCUCUUGCUGGAAGCCUACGUGAAAGGACAGCAGGAGUUACUCUAUGUGGUCCCUUUUGUUGCCAAAGUGUUGGAAUCCAGUUUGAGGAGCAUGAUUUUUCGACCCCAGAACCCUUGGACUAUGGCCAUUAUGAAUGUACUGGCAGAACUUCACCAGGAACAUGAUCUGAAGCUAAACUUGAAGUUUGAGAUUGAGGUAUUGUGCAAGAACUUAUCACUGGACAUCAAUGAUCUAAAGCCUGGAAACCUGCUGAAGGACAAAGAAAAGCUGAAGAACUUGGAGGAGCAGCUGUCGGCACCAAAGAAAGAAGCCAAACCACCUGAAGAAAUUCUGCCUAUUGUCACGACAGGAGACUUUAUUCCGUUUACAGCUACGCCUCCCGCUUCUACAGCCACAACUUGCACAGCCACUGGCCCUCCCACUCCACAGUUCAGUUACCAUGACAUUAAUGUGUACUCGCUGGCUGGCCUGGCACCUCACAUCAACAUCAACAUUACUAUCCCACUUCUGCAAGCCCAUCCCCAGCUGAAACAGUGCGUGAGGCAGUCCAUUGAGCGUGCGGUCCAGGAGCUCGUCCACCCUGUGGUGGACCGUUCCAUCAAGAUCGCCAUGACGACCUGCGAGCAGAUAGUCAGGAAGGACUUUGCCCUGGACUCUGAGGAGUCACGCAUGCGUGUGGCGGCGCAUCACAUGAUGCGUAAUCUGACCGCUGGAAUGGCCAUGAUCACCUGCAGGGAGCCGCUGCUCGUCAGCAUCGCCAACAACCUUAAGAACAGCUUCGCUGCUGCCCUCAGGGCUCCUACUCCACAGCAGAGGGAAAUGAUGGAGGAGGCUGCAGCCCGUAUUGCACAAGACAACUGCGAGCUGGCCUGCUGCUUCAUCCAGAAGACCGCUGUGGAGAAGGCCAGCCCAGAGAUGGACAAGAGGCUGGCCACUGAGUUUGAGCUGAGGAAGCACGCUCGACAGGAGGGCCGGCGUUACUGCGACCCUGUGGUACUGACAUACCAGGCUGAGCGUAUGCCUGAGCAGAUCCGCCUGAAGGUUGGCGGUGUGGACCCUAAACAGCUAGCGGUUUAUGAAGAGUUUGCCCGGAAUGUUCCGGGUUUCUUACCCAGCAAUGACCUAUCUCAGCCCACCGGCUUCCUUGCUCAGCCUAUGAAGCAACAAGCCUGGGCUACUGAUGACGUGGCUCAGAUCUAUGACAAGUGCAUCGCUGACCUGGAGCAGCACCUGCACGCCAUUCCCCCGGCACUGGCCAUAAACCCACAGACCCAGGCCCUACGCAGCCUGCUGGAGUCUGUGGUCCUGGCUAGAAACUCCAGGGAUGGCAUCGCUGCACUCGGAUUGCUGCAGAAGGCUGUGGAGGGCCUCUUGGACGCUACCAGCGCUGCUGACCCUGACCUGCUGCUACGCUACAGGGAGUGCCACCUUCUCGUGCUGAAGGCGCUGCAGGACGGCCGUGCCUACGGCCCCCAGUGGUGCAACAAGCAGAUCACCCGAUGCCUGAUCGAGUGCCGAGACGAGUACAAGUACAACGUGGAGGCUGUGGAGCUCCUGAUCAGAAACCACUUGGUGAACAUGCCACAGUACGACCUGCACCUGGCCCAGUCAAUGGAAAACGGGCUGCAUUACAUGGCAGUGGCGUUUGCCAUGCAGCUCGUGAAACUGCUGCUGGUGGAUGAACGUACUGUGAGCCACAUCACAGAGGCUGACCUCUUCCACACCAUCGAGACUCUGAUGAGGACCAGCGCCCACUCCAGGGCCAAUGCCCCUGAGGGGCUCCCCCAGCUUAUGGAAGUGGUACGCUCCAACUAUGAAGCCAUGAUGGAUCGUGCACACGGAGGGCCCAACUUCAUGAUGCACUCUGGGAUCUCCCAGGCAUCAGAAUACGAUGACCCACCAGGCCUGAGGGAGAAGGCAGAGUACCUGCUGAGGGAGUGGGUCAGCCUGUACCACUCUGCCGCUGCAGGGCGCGACAGCACCAAGGCGUUCUCUGCCUUUGUGGGACAGAUGCACCAGCAGGGGAUCCUGAAGACCGAUGACCUUAUUACACGCUUUUUCCGGCUGUGCACGGAGAUGUGCGUGGAGAUCAGCUAUCGCGCUCAAGCCGAGCAACAGCACAACCCAGCUGCCAUCAUACGCGCCAAAUGCUACCACAACCUGGACGCGUUCGUGCGCCUCAUCGCCCUGCUGGUGAAACACUCGGGGGAAGCUACCAACACGGUCACCAAGAUCAAUCUGCUCAACAAGGUUCUGGGUAUAGUCGUGGGUGUCCUGAUUCAAGACCACGACGUCCGUCAGACGGAGUUCCAGCAGCUGCCUUACCACCGCAUCUUCAUUAUGCUUCUUCUGGAGCUGAAUGCACCUGAGCAUGUGCUGGAAACUAUCAACUUCCAGACCCUGACUGCCUUCUGUAACACGUUCCACAUUUUGAGGCCCACCAAAGCUCCGGGGUUUGUGUAUGCCUGGUUGGAGCUGAUCUCUCACCGCAUAUUCAUUGCCAGGAUGCUGGCGCACACCCCGCAACAGAAGGGUUGGCCUAUGUAUGCCCAGCUGCUGAUCGACUUAUUCAAGUACCUGGCUCCCUUCUUGAGGAAUGUUGAGCUUAACAAACCUAUGCAAAUUCUCUACAAGGGCACUCUACGUGUACUUCUGGUCCUUCUUCAUGACUUCCCAGAAUUCCUGUGUGACUAUCACUAUGGUUUCUGUGAUGUCAUACCACCAAACUGCAUCCAGCUACGUAACCUGAUCCUCAGUGCCUUUCCACGCAACAUGAGGCUUCCUGAUCCCUUCACUCCAAACCUGAAGGUGGACAUGCUAAGUGAAAUCAAUAUCGCGCCGCGGAUCCUCACUAAUUUUACUGGAGUGAUGCCAUCUCAGUUUAAGAAGGAUCUGGACUCUUACCUGAAGACCCGUUCCCCAGUCACGUUUUUGUCUGAGCUCCGCAGCAACCUGCAGGUGUCAAAUGAGCCAGGAAAUCGCUACAAUAUCCAGCUAAUUAAUGCACUAGUGCUUUAUGUGGGAACUCAAGCUAUUGCCCAUAUCCACAACAAAGGCAGUACUCCUUCCAUGAGCACCAUCACCCACUCGGCACACAUGGACAUCUUCCAGAACCUGGCUGUGGACCUGGACACCGAGGGCCGGUAUCUUUUCCUCAACGCUAUUGCCAAUCAGCUGCGUUAUCCUAACAGCCACACUCACUACUUCAGUUGCACGAUGCUGUAUCUGUUUGCUGAAGCCAACACAGAGGCCAUCCAGGAGCAGAUUACAAGGGUCCUGCUGGAGAGGCUGAUCGUGAACCGGCCACAUCCGUGGGGCCUGCUGAUCACCUUCAUAGAGCUUAUCAAGAACCCAGCCUUCAAGUUUUGGAACCAUGACUUUGUGCACUGUGCACCAGAGAUAGAGAAGCUCUUCCAGUCAGUUGCACAGUGCUGCAUGGGACAAAAACAAGCACAGCAAGUGAUGGAGGGCACUGGUGCCAGUUAGGCGCUGUGGCUUUCGGGCUUCAACCCCUAUUUCCUCCUCCAAGCAGCCCACUGUGUGCAGCAACCCACCCCCAAUACAGGACAAUGCUGUGGCCCUGGACAGCCCUGGCAAGGAUGUUGGACACAUUUGCCAGAGCUUCAUCUUGUGGAUAUUAUAUAUAAUUGUUUUUUGUUAACCAGGAGAUAAAACUUUAAUUGGACAUGCUGUGAAUAUAAUUUUGAAGAUAAUGUAAAUAAGAAGGGAUUGCAGUUACUCAAACUGGAUGAAAGCAGAGAUGAUUGAGGAAACACGAGUAGCAACGCAUAAGGCAGCUUCUGGUAGUUUAUGAAACAGUCCACCAGGCUAAACGUGCCCCCAUCCCCCCACCCUGAGGAUUUGUUUUGCCUUCAGGAUAAUUUGUUUCCCCUAAUGAUGUUCUGUUCCGUUCUGAUCUAAUAGCGACAGCUUCAACUCAUUCUAGUUUUAUUUAAAGGAGAUGAAUUGUAAUUGGAAUAAUUUGGAGGAGGGAUUGAUGGAGAAUAGUCUAUUCCUGCAAGAUAAGUUUUUCCAGACUAACUGACGGGGUAGUGAAUGACUAAUUUCAAAGAUGGGGUGAAAAUUCUUCCUGAUGCUUGUAAUAUUGAAAACAAGUUUCAGAUUAGCAAUAUGCAGCUUUUGUUUGUAUAAAGAUCCAAAUUUACAAAAUGACAACAAGAAAGGACCAAUGCAGCCCAUUUUGUAAGGUUUUUGAAUGUUUUGUAAAUGUAUUGGUCCAUGUGUUGUAUUUUGUAGUACUUCAUAGUUUUGCCUUUAGUUCCUGCCACUUAUUUCCUGUAUGUAUGCAUAUUGUAGUUAAUACAUUAAAGUCUUCAACUGCACUGUUGUCUCCGAUGUCAUGCAUUUAGUGUGCAUGGUGUAUUAAACACUUGCAGGGGUUUGAGACAAAUGGGAGAUGACCAUUACUUGAAUUUAAGUUGUGUCCCCCCCCCCUUCCCCCUUCUCUGUUUUUGCCCAGAAGUAUACUGUCAGUGAUUUAUUGUAUUUGAAUUCAACUGCUUUAUUCAACUUCAUUUAGAUGGCAUGACAAUGCCAUGUGCAGGAGAGAAGAGUUGUCUUCAGUGGUCUGUUGAACUAUUUUUAGAACUGUAUAUUUGUUUAAAAAAAAGAUUCAAUAAACGCAUGUUUUGAAGAA